AAAGGUACAUCAUAACUCAGGUUUUGUGAGCAAAGGGUGUGCACUGUAGCCAUGGCUAAAGCUCUCCUCAUUUCACCUUCCUACUUCAUCUUCUUCAUCUUCUUCGUUUUCUCUUAUGCCACAAUCCCAGUUUUCGGAGAAGAAUAUAGCUAUGUCAAAACUGUUGAUUUUGAGAAAAUGAAUCUGCCGAAAGAAAAGGUAACACACUUUCAACUUUAUUGGCAAGAUAUUGUUAGUGGGUCCAAUGCAACCUCUGUCACAGUGAUUCAACCAGUGAAUAACUCAUUACCAUUUUUUGGUAUGGUAAAUAUAAUUGAUAACUCAUUAACCGUUGGGCCAAAUUUGAGCUCAAAAACAGUUGGUAAGGCCCAAGGGCUUUAUGCAUCUACAGGACAAAAAGAAUCUUCAUUAUUGAUGGUUAUGAAUUUUGCAUUCACUGAUGGAAAAUACAAUGGUAGCACAUUCACUGUGGUAGGACGAAACAAUAUAAAUGCUAAAGUGAGAGAAAUGCCGAUAAUCGGUGGCAGUGGGCUUUUCCGAUUUGCUAGAGGUUAUGCUUUAGCAUCAACUUACUCAUCCAACGACAAAGGAGACGUCACUAUUGAAUACAAUUGUUAUGUCAUACAUUAUUGAUGUUUUUUCUUUUUUUUAAUAUUUUGUGGAGUUUUGAUGCACAAUAGUGAUAUACUUGAAUAAUUGUGUGUUCCCACCAUAGGUAAGCGGGAUUCUCUAGUUUUGUUUAAUUUGAAUAAAUUAGGUGGCUCUUACUUCACCUAACUAAAUGUAAGCAUACUUUAAUAAAAUAAAAUAAAAUGAUUAUUUA